GCUCAGUAAAAGGCGGAACUAAGGGAAGGUUAGUUUGUAGUGUCAAUGUUUAUUCUCAGUACUAUAUCCGGCAUAGACAUGAACUUACGGCGCUAGCUACAGCGUGUUUGAUUACGUCGGACCAGGCAGUGCAGACGUGGAGUUAGUUUGUAACGUUACAGAACAGUGAAACAUCCCACACAAUGAUGCGUUUCAUGCUGCUGUUCAGCCGUCAGGGGAAGUUGCGGCUGCAGAAGUGGUACACGGCCACGGCUGAGCGCGACAAGAAGAAGAUGGUCAGGGAGCUGAUGCAGAUAGUUCUGGCCCGUAAACCAAAGAUGUGCAGUUUUCUAGAAUGGCGGGACCUGAAGAUUGUCUAUAAAAGGUACGCCAGCCUAUAUUUCUGUUGUGCGAUCGAAGAGCAGGACAAUGAGCUGAUCACUCUAGAAGUCAUCCACCGCUUCGUAGAGCUGCUGGACAAAUACUUUGGCAGCGUGUGCGAGCUGGACAUCAUCUUUAACUUUGAGAAGGCCUACUUCAUUUUAGACGAGUUCCUGAUGGGAGGAGAGAUCCAGGACACGUCUAAGAAGAGCGUCCUCAAAGCUAUUGAACAGGCCGACCUGCUGCAGGAGGAGGACGAGUCGCCCCGGAGCGUGUUGGAGGAGAUGGGCUUAGCGUAGCUCCGUCGCCGGGCGGGACCGCACAGCCGAGGCACCGGGCGUCACAGUCUGGGUUUGGACAUGCUUGGGACUUCUGUGUAUAUGUGGCUUUUUUUUUUUUUUUUUUGGGUUGGGGGGGUCACGGUGUAGUGCUGGGGGAAGAGACUCUGCUUUUUUGAAGGAGCCUCGCGUCGGCGGGUUCUUCAUCAGCUCUUGUGUUUGUUUGUUUGUUUGUUUGUUUGUUUGUUUGUGUGCAAGUUUGGGGUCGUAGAAAUUGGGGGCUACAUUUUAAACAUGCGGCGCGGCUGCAGUUGAGUUUUUUUUUUUUUUUUUUUUUUUUAAAUAGGAGUCCCAACAUUUAACUUUUUGGUCUGUCGGAGAACCUCACAGUCAGACUGGAGCUCCUGAAGUGCCAGUUACUGAACGCCGACUUGGGACUAGAUGGAGAUAUCGGUUUUGGGGGGAUUAAAGGAAAAAAAAACAAAAAAUACAAAAAAAAAAAAAGUUUUGUACAGCUACAUGAGCACACUACCACUACAGGUACUAUCAGUUACACUUGAAGCAGGGAAAAGGGGGUUCAGAGCAGCUAGAAUAAGUAAUAACUCGAUUCCCGGUGAGGAUUUAGGUCGUACGGUGACUUUAAUGGCUUCUGUUUCUUGCCUUGCACAUUAGAUUUAAAGCCAUGCAAAAAAUGACAAGAACCAAUGUGACUGAGUUUGUGCCCAAACUACUACAGAGAUUGUAAGAAAUCUGAAUUUUACUGGAUCUCUCAAAACAGCCCCGCACCUAUAAAUAUAAACAAAUAUAUAUAUAUAUAUAUGUAUAAAUAAAUAUAUAAUUAUAUUUAUUUCAACUGUAUUUGAUGUUUUAGGGCUGUACUGUUUUGGAAUUCCUCGGCCAGUCGAGUCUAACCCGAACACGAUGACCUGCCUUCUGAGAAUAGACCAAAGAGACUUUUAAAAGGUUAGAGACUGAGACUAAAUGAGACGUUCUUGUGUAGGUGGUGGCGGCAAAUUCCAAACUUGUGAGCUUCCAGCAAAAGUACAAGCCCCUUCGCCUGUCGUCGUUACAGAUCCUUGUAGCUAUAAACAAUAACGUUAGGACCAGUCACGAUAAAUCUCUUGACCCCCCCGCCCCCAUGUCUGAGUGAGCAUGUAUGAGAGAGGGGUAGAAAUGGUGAGAGGAGCCACCUCUGAGACCUGUCCAGCAGAAUAAUCCGAGGUCAGUGUCCACCCAGAGACGAGGAACUUUGUGGAGUUUGAAGUGAUUUCAUAAAUUUGAAUAAAACAUUUAAAUUCU